AUGGCCAGUAGAAUGCUCACUACCGCCCUCAGGGCACGCCCCGCGGCCGCAUUCCGUGCCGCUGCGCCUGGCACCUCCAUCUUUACCCGCUAUUCGUCCAGCGCGCACGGCCAGGAGACGUUCGAGUCCUUCACCGAGCGAUACGUCGAGUUCUUCAAGUCAGCGCAAGACUUGUUCGAGGUCCAGCGAGGCCUGAACAACUGCUUCGCUCACGACUUGGUGCCCGCCCCAUCCGUUGUCGAGGCUGCUCUUCGGGCAGCGCGUCGCGUCAACGACUAUGCGACCGCGGUGAGGAUAUUCGAGGGGAUCAAAGAGAAGGUGGAGAACAAGCAGCAGUACCAGGCGUACUUAGAUGAGCUGAAGCCCGUCAGGGAGGAACUUGGCAUUGAGACAAAAGAGGAGUUAUAUUCCUCAUCAUAA